UUGAUAUCGAUCAGAUCAAUUUAAUAUUAAUAGCGAUGAACCCGAGUUCAUCACGGUGAUCGGUGAGCAGCGCGACCUCUGGCUGCAGGUCAGAGUUCAAGCGCACGCCGUUGCCAUGGAGACCGGCGGCGGCGGGACUCGCGCUGAAGCUUCACCGAUCGAUUGAACGAAUUUGUGUGUAACGAACGCGCGAAUCAAAGCUUGCGUUUGUUCCGUUAAAACGCGAAUUAAAGCUGACAUGCGACGGCAGCGUCCGAGGAAUGAACAAUUACAGAGUCAUCAAGAAGAUCGGAGAGGGAACGUUUUCUGAGGUGAUGAAGGUCCAGAGUUUGAAGGACGGCAAAUAUUACGCCUGUAAAACCAUGAAACAAACCAUCGAGAGUGUGGAUCAGGCUCACAGUCUCAGGGAGGUCCAAGCCAUGAAGCGUUUGAGUCCCCAUCCCAACAUCCUCCAGCUCCACGAGCUCGUCUACGAGAAAGACACAGGAACGCUGUCGCUCAUAUGUGAGCUCAUGGAGAUGAACAUAUACGAGCUUAUUAAAGGCCGUCAGUGUCCUUUAGCGGAGAGUAAAGUCAAGCACUACAUGUACCAGCUGUGCCGCUCUCUGGAUCACAUGCACAGCCACGGCAUAUUCCACAGAGACGUGAAGCCGGAGAACAUCUUGAUCAAAAAUGACGUGCUGAAGCUGGCAGACUUCGGCUCCUGCAGGAGCAUCUACUCCAAACCUCCCCACACCGAAUACAUCUCCACGCGCUGGUACCGAGCGCCCGAGUGUUUGCUCACGGACGGACACUACUCGCAGAAGAUGGACCUGUGGAGCGCCGGAUGCGUCUUCUUCGAAAUCCUCAGUUUGAGCCCUUUAUUCCCUGGACGAAAUGAGUUAGACCAGGUCAACAAAAUCCACGAUGUUCUGGGCACGCCGGACAACACGCUGCUGCAGAAGUUCAAACAGUCUCGUGCGAUGCGCUUCGAUUUCCCACCUCGCAAAGGCUGCGGGAUUUCCCAGCUGAUUCCUCACUGCUCCGCAGCCGCUCUGUCUCUCCUGCACCAGAUGUUGACCUACGACCCCGACGAGCGCAUCGGCGCCCGCGCGGCACUGCAGCACCCCUGCUUCAGAGAACUGCGGAUGGCUGAGAGGAAAGCGGCGAGUCUGCGGAAGGCCAUCGGAGCUGUGGAGGGAGAAUCCAGCGGGAUUCCCGCAUCCGUCGAUCAGCUGUGGCGUAUCGCCCGACAGGGAAGACGACAGCAUCUCAAACACGCCGGCGACCCGCUCGGCCGACGAAACGCCUCGCAUUUCCCUCUGGAGCUCCCAAAACUCAACGUGGUGGUCCCGACACCAAAAAUCCCUUACCCGGUGUCCACCUUCCCGGCUCUGACCGUCUCACACCGCGGCUCUCUGCCUGCCAUCUCCAAAAAGUGCCACUCGCGUCUGACCAAACCCAAAGAAGAGCCACACCAUUUCAAGAGCUACUACAUGCCUCCGCUGGAGCGCAAUCCAGACGAGUACUGACGCCCGACGACCGGCAGCGGAUGCCGCCGAACCGGAGGACGAACAUCUGCGUCGGCGCGUGUUUGGCUCCUGUACGCUGGUUUGAACGGUCAACAGACUACAAAGUCAACAUUUCCAUUUCACAUUACAAAAUAAAAGUCUUAGCACACACAGAAACCUGCAGUUUUCAAACCAAUACAAGCCGACGUUUGCAUCUGAUGUUUAUACGCGUCGUCCCGAAUGAUCUGACGUAGCUGCAUUUUAUUUGUUUCACAUUGUUGAAAGCAGAUUCUGUAAAAAUGGGUUUAAUGCUUUGGUCUCAAACUCAGUUCCUGGAGGUCUGCAGCUCUGCACGGUUUUGCUCCAACCCUGAUCAAACACACCUGAUCCAAAACUAAUCAAGGUCUUCAGGAUUACGAGAAACUAUCAAACAGGUGUGAGUUGGAGCGGGUUGGAGCUAAACUCUGCAGAGCUGCGGCCCUCCAGGAACUGAGAUUGACAACACUGGUUUAUUGAAAGUCUGCUGCUUUCCUUUAGACCAGGGGUUCUCAACUCUGGCCCUCGAGGUCCACUUUCCAGCAAAGUUUAGACCAUCAUUCAGCCCAAACCAGACGAGCGAAUCUCUAUAAACGAGACGCAUCUCACGGCAGAGACAGCAAGUGCCAUUCAGCUAUUACACAUUUUAUAUUUGCACAGAUGUCACCGGCUCACUGACGGAUCAUCAGCAGCGCUGCUCUACUGUUGGGACUUUAUAGUCUUUAAUAAAGGGGUUUUACUGUACACUUGUUGCAGAUCGCCAUGUUUUGACAGCUGACAUUUGUGUCGCUUUUAAAUGAUCUCUCCACCAUCACUGCUGUAUCCCAAUUUACCACAAACACAUCUGUAACCGUCCGUCUGAUGAUUUUACACUGAUGCAUUUGGGCCUGAAAUUGACCAUAAAAUCUUUAUUUAUAUGAAUGUUUUUGCUCAUUUUUCAAUUUUGCCAAUCAGAAUAAAUAAA